UAACGUACAUAAGUAUUAUGUAUCUGUGGUAAAAUGAUAAAGAUUUGCCUAAAUUUGAAAUACAGCAAGAUUCGACAAAUAUACGAAUCUCCUACGUUACAAGACUCAUUUGAAAUCAACAUAAUCGAGGAAAAACAAAAUCAAAGAUUAAUCCGACUCCGGAACCAGAUUUUUACGAUGCCACGAAUCUUAAGCUAUAUGUAUAUAUUAUUGGUUGCUGCACUGACGCUUACACCAUAUUUUGCAGCUGCUGAAAUGUUUGAUGAGCCAUUUAGUGUCAAGGCAACUCCAGUACUACGGUUGUCAGGUACAGAUGAUAUAACUACUGUACUAUUGGUAAAUAAUGAUGGAGUCGGACGUUUGGGUGACAGUCAUGGCCGAUUUCUAUCAGUACGUCCGGAGGUGGGACUUCUAACAUCAACUGCCCGUACUUUUAUACAAGAGGGUAUUACCACGGAAUACGCGACGCAGGUCUUGGGAACGACUUUAGACAAUGGCCGUGUGUAUGCGCAAUAUCUUAAAAAGAGCUCUAGAGUUCUGUAUGAUAACGGUAAUGGGCUUUUGUCGCCGUCCGUAGUAACCAGUUGGGUGGGUGAUCGUUCUAUGGCUAGCACCCGCUUAUAUCUGCAAAGCCACAACGAUUUGUUUAACGCCGAUGCUCUAGAUUGGCAAGCUAUCGAUGAUAGCCUCGGAACUGACAAAAGGGCAAUGAAUCGCGAUGAAUUUGUUGGUAACACAGAUUUCAUCCAACUAAGCAGUGAAAGUCAGCCUCUCAAAGUUAUUUUCAGCUCAUCUACAUCUUCGCUUGAAUCUCCUUCCAUAUCUAAUCAGGCGCACCUGUCAGUUGUUAGGCUAGAGAAGCAUUCAGGGCAUGUUGAUGAAAAUGCCCGCAGGUUGGCUGCUCACAAAGUGUUGCCCAUUGGUGAUUUGCCCACGUUUACUGUAAAAAACCAAUUUAAACCAAGCGGUUUUCAUGAUCUUGACGCAUCGGCGUAUAAUAUUGAUGAUAAUGACGGUCGAUUUCCAAAAGUUUACCAUAAUCAGCUUAAAAACCAGUCUCAUAGAAUGCAACAAACAAACAAUAAUUUCGAAGCUCAGGCAGAAUCACAUGUCAAAUCAUCUAAUUUACCACAGAGAUUGUGGUCGACUGUCACUUAUUAUGGCUUUGCGGAUUUCACAACGUUAGUGGGUGAUAGUGUAAUUGUGUUCUCCCCCAAAAGUUCCCAGGCAAGCCCGAUUGCUGGCCAUGUGACUUCAAUCAAAGGCAUGGCGACGCUUAGUACUGUCAAUCUUCAGACUACAAGAGAUGUCAACCUUAAGUCAUUACCCGAAAUGAGUCCAACAGCAACUGAAACAACCAAACCAUUUUUAUCAAUUGAUGUCACAAAAGAUAAGGAAGAUAAAUUAUUAAGUAUAACAAGCAUACCAUCUUUAAAGAUAAAAACAGUUGAAAGUAGCGAGAUUAGUACAAGCAGUCAAAAUAUCAAAAACUCAGCUCAAUAUCCUAAUAAUAAACCGAUGUUUUCGCUGCCAACUGAUCAAGAGAUCCUUGAAAUAUACGCGUCACUAUCCAAAGCUCAGGCUCAGGUUGAAGAUCAAGUUUUAUCGCCAACUUCAUCUCAACAUAUUUAUGAUAAUGAUCAUCAGAGUUUUGUCACGCACAUAACUGAUGAAAAACUUCCUGUCCACGGAGCUACAACAGUUUUUAUUGAUGACGAUCCGUUUGCAAAUUUUGUGAAGCCGUCUACUGUCGAGGGGGCCCAACUAGUAAAAUCAGCGACUUUUGGCGAUGAAACUAAAUCAGUUACAGAAGAUUCAGCUUAUACUUCACAAUCAAACACUGUUGAUGAUAAUGAUAUUGAUAAUACAACUACCAUGCACCCAACAGCUAAUAAUGUUUCGGAUAUUGUGCAAGCAGCUGAAAAAUUUUCUGAGAUAAAGCAAGUGGUUACUCUCCCUAUUUUAGAUGAAGUGAAUGAAGACGGCAACAACAUAAAUAGCGAAGAUUGCGAUAAGCUGAGCACCCAGAUGUUUUUAACGCAACGACCCAAAACAGUAACGGCAAAAAGUCAGAAUAUGGAGUUCAGUGUAUACACCACAUACGAUAUUGAGGAGACUACAAAAUAUUACUGCAUUCGGACUACACAAACGAUCCAAUUUCCCCAUGUUGAAACAUCAAAACCUAUUCCAGUGGUAAUGCAAUCGAAAAAUGAGCCUUUGUACUUGAAUACCGCUACAACAAAUUUAGUUGAUGAGGAGAGCAUUACAGGCGAAACUAUCACAGAGGAGACCAUCACAGAGGAGACCAUAACAGAUGAGCCCAUCACAGAGGAGACUAUUACAGAGGAGACCGUCACAGAGGAGACCAUCACAGAAGAGACCAUCACAGGGGACACAGGACAAAAAGAAGAAAGUUUCACCAAAAAGCGUGUCGAUGUGGUUGAAGCCUCUACUAUUAGAGUUCCAACUAUGGAUGAUCACACUGAGCCUGAUUUUGGUUUUGAUAGCGAAGACUAUGACACAGAAAACGGCUCUGAUGAAAUUGAUCUAUUAUACAAAACUUUGUAUACUACUUAUACAUAUCUGACGACUUUCUUUCAAGGUAAAUCGACAACAGUGUCGAGCCAUACAGAGGUUGUUACAAAUAUAAUAACAUCGACUAUCGGCACUGAGGAUGAGCAAUAUACUAAGCACACAGAUGUUGUGGGGCAAAUAAGUGCAAAUGAUAUUUCUAUUACACGGACAGAAGAUACAGCAGUUAAAACUAUAGCUUCUAGCUCAAAAUAUACAAUACCCGAGGAUCUGGAAAGCAUUCUCCAUGCCAGUCUUAGUGAUAGCGUCAGUGAAAUUGCACAACAAACUACCUACCUCGAUGAUAUUAAGUACACGAAGACAUAUUACACUACGUAUACGUACUAUACAACGAUUUUUGCUGAAGGUGAGACCGAAAUAAUGUCUCGAACUGAAGUUCUUUCCAGCUAUGUGACCGAAUCAACCACUUCAGGAGACAUAUCCACAAAUACACACCAGUCAAAUUUAGUACUAUCCCCAACUGGAUAUUUAACGGAAACUACAGGAGGUGGAGAGAAGGCAAUAACGAAUUAUGCUGCUGAAGGCCAACGGGAAGAGCAUACAACAUUAGUAACAGACGUUCGAUCAAGUAGCUCCAAUGGUAAGCAAGAAGUUAUUGGAAAGAAAAUGGGCUUGGUUGAUGACCAAGUGAGCUCAGAGAGCAACACUGAAGAAAUAUUACCUUCAGCAACUUUACUCCUACAGACAAGCUUCACCACAUUCACCUUUUAUACCACAAUGUAUGUAUCGGAUAGUACGAAUAUUGUGAGUAGCCUUGAAACUGUCACCAAUAUUGCUACAGAAACAUUACAGCCUACUAAGAUGCUAAGCCUUGAGGAUGCAUCGCUUCCCAUUACCUAUUUUACAACAUUUACAUAUUGGACAAAACUUGCCAAGGACGGCGAGAUCACCACCAUAAGUCGAGAGGAGACAAUAUCGAAUGUUAUUGACCCACUAACUAAGUCUGAGAAAUUUUCCACCGUCCAUAGUUCCGAAGCAAUGUCAACAACUGCACCUACUUUCCCACUAAAUUCACUUGAUAAUAAUGAUAAUAUAGUCAGGGAGAAGAUUGACAAUAUGACCAGCGUUGAUAAUUCACCUUUAGUAUACUCAAUGAGCUCUGCCAACAUACCGGAGCUAACAACAUAUUACACCACCUAUACGUACUACACAACCUCAUAUGAAGCAAAUAAAACAGUAACAGAUUCACGAUUUGAGACUAUAACAAACAUAGUAACUCCAACUAUCCAAUUCAUGGUCACUACAACACCUUCACAGCAUCAGCAUACAAAUAAUGUUGGGAACAAAAUGCUUGAAAAUAGUACAUCUAAUAUAUUCUUUUAUGAUUAUAAACAUAUCAUCGAUGCAGACCAAGUGAGCACACUGUAUUUCACGACAAGAAUUUUGUCAACACUGAACAUCGAAGGAAAUCCCGUUGAACUUACUAGUAGUUCAUCGAGCUUAUACAUAAAUGAAACAAAAAAAUCGAAUUUGGCUAUCGAGUCAACCAAUGCUGCUCCUCGGCAGUAUAAAACCGGACUUGUGCGACUUAUCGAGGGAACACGGAUUGGCAAUAAGACUACUACAUUGUACCAAUCGAAAGUCAUUGGUACCAUAAUUGAGAGUCGUUAUGCGCAGAUUAUUGAAAGUACUUCAAGCUUCCUAUUUGAGAAGGACAUACCUAUAGCGAGUAAUCUAUUGCCAUCCUCAGUUACCAACUAUGAAACAGUAGUUCCCACAAAAAUUGUGAAUCUACAAUCAUCUGGAAUGCUGGAAGGCAGCAUUUAUACCAAUAAAGAGAUUGAAACAGAGGGAAAAGAGAACCACACUGAACUUACUGCCGAAGAAGAUGUUGACGACGAUGGAGAACAAUUAUUGCAGACUAAAAAACGGACAUUUGCACCUGUUAUUAGACCUUUUGCUUCUCGUAACAGGCCCACAUUUGCACCAAAGCAGAAGACCUUGAGUCCGAGCAGUGCUACCAUAAUUACAAGGUCGGAUAUUACACCCACCAUAACGGCCACACCAGCUCUCAAAACAAUUGGUAGGUUUAGCUCGUCUCGCCGUGGUGGAGUUAAUAACCCUAAUGAUGCAAGCCUUAUACCUUCUUCCUCGAGACGACUCUUUGGUCGUCCAUUGAAACCAUCAAGUUCAGCGGCAUUCAGUCUUAUCACUAGUAGCAAUGUUCAAUCAAGCUCAGGCUUUAAUCCUUCCAGAAAUCGAUUUGCUUCUUCAUCGCGUGCUACCGGUACAAUAUUAUCGCGGCGUCUUAGUAUAAAUUCAACCUACCGUCCGUCAAGUGCUGGCAAUUUUCGACCAUCUGUGCUUGGCACUGGUAGCUCGAAAUUACGAAUCAAACCCACUUCUGCAAACUCUUUAUGGCUAUCAUCGACAGCAACUACGAAUGCAAUUGGGCUGGAAAACCUAAACGAUGAUGUGGAAAACUCAACGGAUGAGCAAAACCUUGUAAAUGAAGAGAAUGAAACCACAACCGAAAAUGCACGACGCAAUCAAAAUCCUAUAUUACGUUUCCGCCGACCCCUAAAUCGACCCAGCGGUUUUACUCCUAUACCUCGACCAAACUUAAGUUCAACGAAUAACUUAGCAAUCAACAACCGAAAGAGUCCAUUGACAUCGAGGGCAAAACAAAGCUCACCAUCGACAACAACAACAACAACUGCAAAACCACGAACACGCAACUUUCAACGUCCAACUGUAUCAUCUUUCCAGGCACGAGCCAGACCUCAAAACAAUCUUUAUCCGCCACGUGGUCUAUUCUUAAAUACCCAAAAUCGAAAUGUGAAUCAGAGCCCAAAAUACCAAAUCGACACUGUGAGUGAUGAUACAAUAAAAACAGAAAAAGAUGUCAAUUCCAAUAUCGAUUCUGAUUAUGAAUAUGAUGAUGAUGAUGAUGAAAGACGCCGCAAGCGAUCCAGCAUAGGCAGUGUUUUUAAUUUAUCAAAUCAAUCACGCGUGAGACGUCAAGUCUCGGACUCAUUAAAUAGAAGCAAAUUUCGCUUUCGUCGGCCAAAAACAAUUCAAAAUGAGGAGCCAUCGUCAUCAAUCCGGAGUCCACAGUCCAUUAACGAACCAAUAGAGAACAUGUCCAGUACUUCUACGCAAAUGCGGGCAAAAAUAAAUUCGCGCUUUGGCUCUAGAUACCAGUCCCAAGCUGCAACAGCAACGUCAAAACAGGAAAGAACAACGCCUAGUUCUUUAAACACAUCAAGUCAUCGCUCCAUUCGUCCCACCAGACCAACAAGUGCGCGUACUCAGUUUACACUUCGAGAGAAGGACACCGCCAAUAGCAGCGGCAGAACGAGCGCCGCAGGAAAAUCAAAUUUUCGACGCCAACAGGCAUCUACUUUGCGACGACCAUCAGCCUCUUCAGGCACCUCCUCCGCGUCUUCCAAUGGGCGACGUUUGAAGAACUUUAGUAAUACCAACAACAAUAAUAAUAAUUUGGAUAUUUCUAGGGAGCGUUUAUCUGGUAGUGGAAGCCGUUCUCGUAAUAGUAACGUUAAUGUAUCAAAUAGAGGGCGAGGCAGCAGCCGAAGUCGAAAUCGCAAUGAUCAUAGCUUGGACGGCGCAAUGUCUGAUUUUGGAAGUGAAAUCAUCACAGUUACUCAUGUGGUACCAUCUGAGACGACAGUUCCUGUUGUGAAUGGACAAGUAACUGAAUAUAAAAACAUAGUGACCGGAAAAACUAGCAUCGAGGUUCUUCGAGCUCAUCAAUACACACAAAUUGUGGGUAAUAAUGGCUUAACGUCAAUAUACUUGACCCGAGAGGAUACAAGCGUUAAUUUGGCCGGGGUGACUGAGCUCACACGGUACUUAUUGCAUGACUCCGCCACAACAUCGGUAACGUUCACACCAACAAUGAUUCGCGGUCGGAAGACAUCUUUCUCCCACGUCCUACCUUCAACGGUGUACUCAGUGGAAAAUAUUGUGUCUACUGUACAGCCGCAGAUAUCCGCAAAUGCGCCGCUGGCAAAUAUUUUGCUGUCCCAGCUGCUUCUCGGUAACAUCAAUUUACCAGGCAACCCUCUUCUUAGCGCGCUUGGUGGUCAGCCACAAGCCACACAAGAUUUGGUUGUUGCGACGCCAGUCACUGAGUAUCGCACUCACACAUCGACAUAUGUUACAACAAUAUUUGAUGGCAAGUCUACCGUUCUGCCCAUCACAUUUCAGGGUAAAAAAAUUCUCACAACGGUAUUCGAUACGACUGCUCAAACCAUAACGGCCACGGAAUACAGUGUGGACACAAUUAUCAAUACCCCGCUUCCAGUAGCUACUCAGAAAUAUGAAGUUCACGCUGCUAGCCAGGUGGCACAGGUGAAUAGUUUGUUGUUGCAACAGUUGCUCCUUCAACAGCAGCAGCCGCAGUUACCACAGCUAACACAAUUACCGGGGGCUACUCAUACAAUAGCACCACAAAUUUUACUUGGCGAAAAUUUACAGGAUAUCGAUGAACAUGAACGAGGACGAAUCUUACACGAUGGCGUUGUCGAUGACAUUUUAUCGCCGAUCGGAGAUGAGUUACACGCGAAUAAGAACAAUCGAAAGAAAAUGAAGAAGACUGGUCAUAAAGGAAACAAACGCAUAAGGCCACAACCAGCAUCUGCUCAACCGGUGCAUGAAGAAGAAAGCAGCGUUAUAACGCUUUAUGUUUCUGGGCGACGUCCUGGUGAAUUCAGCACUAUAUUAUCCACAGUAUAUAAUAGCUAUGACCACUCUGCCAGCCUGCAGAAGCGGCAGGCUUAUGUACAAAUUCAGAGUACUGCAAUUCUUUCUAGCUCCCCGAGCGCACCUAACUUUGAGACCAGUGAACGAGAGCAAUCGCUUUUACCGUAUUACGAGCAGGAGCGGGAGCUACGGUCCAACUCAAUUGGCUCUAAUUUCGAUCAAGACAACAGCAAAUGCGAACAGCCGAAUUGUGAAACUAAGACUCCCACAGCAUCUUUAGAGAGCAUAAUUGGCGAUGUUGGUGUAUGGUAUACGAAGACCACCAAACUAUCAGAUCCAACAGUACCAUCAGCAAGUCAAAUUUUCAACAUUCAGCAGGACCGGAUCAGUCAUAAUAAGCCUACCCAAAAAUAUUUUUUAGCCUAAGUGACCUCUCUGAGUUGCUCCCACUUCAGUUGCAGGUCACAACUGAAAGCUUGCACGCAUCACAUUCACCUGAUGCUUUGCCUUCGCCUUCCUGUCAGCCACCGAUACCCUUAUGUUUAAGUAAUAGAUUGAAGCGACAUAUAAAUUCGAGACGCACUCAGCCAUUUCGUAAAGUGCUCGUGCGACGAAAGCCUCUUCAGGAUAUUAUUCACCAAACACUAGUCAAUAGCAAAAACAACAACACCAGCAUCAACGAAGAACAGGAUAUGAAAGGGGACAGCGAAAAAUUAGUAGAGCCACUGCCAAAGAAACAACGUUUUAUAAUUUUCAAGCAUAAAGUAACAAAUUCCACAAGUUAUCCGUUUCACAGUUCCAAAGAAACAAUCUCUUCAAAGUCCAGUUCUGAUUUAGAAGAAAGAAUUGUUUCGAGUUUUACCAGAAUUCGCAGUCUUGUCCACAAUAAUAAUUUAACAACUUGUGUAGGAUUGUACGUGUCUCAAUUCAAAACUGAUAAGACAGCACUAGCAAAAAGCAAAACAGAAGUCUAUACACGCACCUACACUUAUAUUAUUGAUCGGGUACAUGGUAUAGAGCACGAAACCCAAUUAUUAUCCACUAUUACUCGAAUCACGACUCGAACAGUGCCUCUAACAUUGACUUUUACACGCAGACAGGAUAUAAGUCCAACUGCAAUACAACCCACUCAAAUGUGAACUGAUCCCUUUCUAUGCUAGGCUGCAAAUAUAGACUCGCACACGUACAAAUUCAUAGAUAAGUAUGAUAUAUUAAAAAGCUUAAAAGAAUUGAACUAUUUUUUUAAAAUAUGCAAAUUUUAUUGUAGUGCAAAAAUUUUAUCUCAUACGCGGACAUUAUUAUCAUUAUUAUCAACAUCGCAUUCUUUUUAUGUUCUUAAUGUGUAAAACAAAACAAACUUAUAUCAGUGACUGAAUGCAAAUCGUGAGAUACAUGGAUACGAUUUUAAGAAUCCUGAUUUAGGAGUUACAGAAUUCACUGCCAUUCAAAAUUUUGUCAGAUGUCACAAUGAGUAAGCUUAAAACUGUUAAUUUACACUAAAUGCAAAUUAAAUUUUAAUGUAUAA